UAUCUUAAAUUUCAAUUUGAAGGUUAAUUACAGAAACACAGGCAUGUUCUCUUUCAGUUUCAUACAAAACCCUGCAUUUAAUGCUCUUCUUUUUUCUUGCAUUACAAAUACUUUCACCCAGCUAACCUCAUCAACUCACCAAACACCCUACUCUCUAAGUUUCUAUCGCUUCCUCACGAGUCACGAGAAUAUUUGGCUUCAAUUUUCAAUAUCAACCUCUAACUAUGUCUCUUUUUCUUGUUUUUCUUCUGAUAUGUUUUUCUUCACAUGCAUGCAACGCUCGAUACCUAGGGUUUACUCACAAGGAUACUAAACAAUAUUUCUCCAAGGAUGUAGAGAAAGGAAUCAGUCUCCACGACACUUCAAUUUCAUCAGAAAUGAGCUCUCCAAUUUCUGAGGAAUUUGGAGUUCCAAAAAGAGAAAAAAUCGGCCUUGGUGCAACUACUAUGAAGCAAAAUAAUUAUAAACAUGGUGGUCAUGUUUUAGAGGAAGAAGAUAUAAGCAAUGAAUCAGGAAAUGAGCUUGUUAUAUCAUCUCAGAAGGAAUUGCAACAGAAGGAUGAAAUAGAGGGAAUGAAGAAGCAAGAUAGAUCCAUGGUAGAAUCAACAGAAAGUGAUAAUGAAGAAGCUGUAAAGUCAAAUGAAAAUGACAUUGCAGAAGAUGUGGUGGUUAUGGAUUAUGCACAACCACAUCGUAAACCACCGAUCCAUAAUGAAAAAUCCUAGAUUUAAUUACCAAUAUUUUGCCCUAUGUACUUAGUUAUCUACGCUGUGACGAUAAUAUUGUAUACUAUGAUCAAUGGCAUAUGCAUAAUGUAAUAGAAUUUUCUUUUUUGA